AUGCAACAGCAUAAGGACAGAUUUGUGAUUCUGUUAGCAGUGAUCAGUGUGCAAUUGGCCGCUGGGAGAUGGGUGAGCACGUUCUAUGAGAAGUAUCAUCGCCCAACAUAUUACAAUACGGCGCACAACAGCUCGAAGCACGUUGACUAUAAUGCAACAGCAUUGUUUUUACGUGAUUACAAUCCGAGCAUAAAAAAAACUUUGCCACCAUUUGAUCCCAGCACCCACCGGAGCUUCUACGUGAACGUUCUGUACAAAGGUUCGGUGAUUUGCGCCGGAGCUCUCAUCUCACGCCGAAUGAUCAUCACAUCCUCUCGUUGCUUUCUGGCCAACGAGCUGGAGCCGUCGCACGAAUUCAAGGCUAAGGAUAUGAGUAUAGAGACUGGCAAUCACUUCGGACAACAAGCGCGAGUUGUCUAUCCCGUGAAGGCAUUCUUUUUGCCCGCCGGAAAGUUUAAGCAUGAGGAUGUCCAUAAGAUAGCACUGCUGGCAUUGCACACGAAAUUGCAAAAGGGAACGUAUCGCUAUAUUGAACUGUACCGAAGAGUGCUAAAGCCGAAAAUGCAAGUGCUUGUAUCCUAUGUAGAUUCCUACACUCGCGAUAUAACUCUGCUGAGUACCAAGGUGAUCAGCCAAAAGCAAUGCCAGAAGGCCUUCCGUGAAAUUGGCAAAAGAAAAAUUCCCUUUUACGAUGAUCUAGUUUGCGUGAAGAGCAAGAAGCACGGCUGCAGUGCACGCCCUGGUGAUCCGCUGAUCGUUUUCAAAAAGCUGGCUGGCAUCAAUAUCUAUGGCGAGAACUGUGAUGAGUUGGAGGGAAAUCUGGCAGCCGAUGUCUACUAUACCAUGCGUUACGCGGUGCCAUUUAUACAGCGCGCUACCGAUAUGCUUAGAGCCUUCACGGGCACGGGCCCGUAUGCGAAAGGAUACACAACAAAACGAUAUAAACUGUAUGCGGACACAACUCCAGACUCUGGGCUCAAUGGGAGCGUAAUUACUGAAUCAACAACAUUGCAGUCUGAAGUCGACAUCCUUGGAGAAAGUGAGGAAACUACAUUAGAUACAAGUUCGGAGAAAACUGAAGCGUGGACUGAAACUGAAAUAGAACCAACAGAGGAAUCUACAACACCGGUGGCAAGUGAACCAGUGACGGAUUCUACAAAUUAG